ACGCCCAUACGUUGAAAAUAAGAGGCCACAGAAGUUCAACCAAACGCUUCAAAAAUUAAAUGCUUCGUGAUGCUUUCUUGUAGCUUUCGGAGGAUGGAGAUUUAUGGACGUUUUAUUGCCACAAAUUUACUUUAAUCAGCGAACCUUGUCAUAAAAUCGUAAAUAGCUUAAAUACCAGUUUUCGUUUCCCACACAAUACGUUUUAUGCUAAGCUACAUUUUUUUUACACUUUUCAUCAAACUUGGUAAAUUAGACAACGCUUACGAUAUCGUUGUCACAGAUACUUCAAUUAGUGCAAACUAUGGAUGAACCGGUUGUGUUUUCUAAGGUGGUUGAGAAGGCAAGGUCCGCGUUUGAAAGUGGAUUUACGAAACCAGUGGAAUUCCGAAAGCAACAACUUCGUAGACUUGUAGAUCUACUCGAUGAAAAUGAAGAAUUACUUUAUGAAGCUGCGUAUAAAGACAUGGGAAAGAGUCGUUACGAAACUUAUUUUGUUGACACUCAUAUGUCGAGAAAUGAAGUUAUAGAAGCCUUACAAAAUGUUGGUAAAUGGAUGAAACCUGAAUAUCCAAAGGUUGAUCUUGCACUUAGAAUCUCUAGCGUAUCUGUGAGAAAGGAACCGUACGGAGUAUGCAUGAUUCUUGGUUCUUGGAAUUUCCCAUUUCUCCUGACUAUAACACCGCUGGUGUCAGCGAUAGCUGCUGGAAAUUGUGCAGUUGUGAAGCCGUCGGAAUUUGCACCAAACUGCGCUAAACUUAUACGUGAUUUGAUUCCCAAAUAUCUGAACCAGGACUGUUAUCCAGUCGUUCUAACUGAUACGGAAGGAUCUGCGAAACUUCUCAACGAAAACAAAUUUGAUUUAAUAUUUUAUACUGGAGGAGCUAACGGUGGCAGGCAAGUCAUGAUUGCGGCGACGAAGCAUUUAACACCUUUCGUUCUUGAACUUGGAGGGAAAAAUCCCUGCGUAGUACACAGAAGUUCAGAUUUGAUGACAUCGGCCAGACGAUUGUGCAAUGGUAAAUAUCUGAACAACGGGCAGGUUUGCAUUUCCCCCGACUACGUAUUGUGUGACGAAGCAGUGAAAGAUGAAUUUUUGGAAUGCCUCAAAAAAAACUUGGUUCAGUUCUUUGGUGAAAAUAUGUCAAAAUCUCCAGAUAUAUCCCGAAUUGUCAAUGAUCGUCAUUUUCAGCGUGUUCAGAAGCUUCUUAAUAGUGGCAAAGUUGUUUUCGGUGGUGAAUACAAUGCAAAAGAAAGAUAUAUCGCUCCAACGAUUUUGACUGACGUUCCGGAAAACUCGCCAGUAAUGAAGGAAGAAAUCUUUGGCCCCAUUCUUCCUAUUUUUUCAGUUAAAAAUGUAGACGAGGCAAUUCAAAAAAUAAAUGAAGGCGAAAAACCACUCGCCCUUUACAUUUUUUCAAGGGACAAAGCGAUAACACAGAAAAUAUUAGACAACACGUCAAGUGGAGGUGUUGCUGUGAACGAUACUCUCAUUCAUUUCAAUCACUUCCAGCCAUUUGGUGGUGUAGGCCAAAGUGGAAUAGGUAACUACCAUGGAAAAUAUGGAUUUGACACUUUUUCUCACCAACGUUCCGUUUUUGUUAACAAGACUCCAGAUGUGUUUCUCAGUUUUCGCUACCCUCCCUAUGCGAAAAGAAACGUGGACACUCUCAGGUUGCUAAAGAAGAGGAUACCGACAGGUCGUCCUUCCGGAAUAGCAAUGAUGUUGGGAAUUGGAGCAAUAGGAGCUGCUACGGCGUAUACAUAUAAGAAAUUGUACUCAGAAUCAACAAAUAAGUGAUUAUUAUCAAGCUACGGAAUGGAAAAGGUGUCAAUUCCAACGAUUUAUAUAUUAGCAAAUGUGUGUAAUCGUUCGUCGAAUUAGUUUUGAUUUGUGUGAUAUAUAAGUUAUAGCCAGAGUUUUUGUACUUGGGUAAUCUUCACUUCAAUAACAGACUGUUUGACGAAAAAGAGAAUGAUAUUCAGCUUUAAUAAAUCGAGUUGUGAAAGAUGGCUCUAUUCUAGAUGUAGGAAUGAAGCUAUAAAGUCCUAGUGGACUGUGAUUAACGUUCACUCCGCCGCGAUAUUGAACGAAUUACGUUUUCAUUUGUUUACGGUUUGUA